AUGCAAGAUGAUCAUUUGCAAAUCAGCCAUUCUGAUAGGAGCAACUCCGACCCAGUCCGGAUGCAACUCUUGACCAAUCUAAUGGUCACGCAACCAAACAGCACCAAAGGAAACGCACAAUACGAUCCAAUUACGAGGAAAGAAGACACCUUGAGCACGCUGGCUCUGUGGAUGACCGUCGCACCAAUAACAGUUGGCAUCAACGCAGAAGGGACGCAACCACACUAUGAAUACCGUGCCGAUUGGAUACCAGCCCACCAUACCUCAUCUGCUCGCGGCGCCAACAACCAAUGGACAGUACCGUACAUUGAGAACUUCAUACGCGUCCCCGUCGGUGCAGCCGUCCUCGGGGACGUUGUAAGCUGGCCCAGCAAACGGGGAGACGUCUCCAUCACGUCCACGGUCUUCCAGUCGAAGCUGGACUCUAAGAAACCCAAGUUACUCGCGGUCCCGUCAGCCAUCAUUCUGAUCUGUGCCUGGGUCCUAAUCGUGUGUAACCUGCGAUUGGCGACACUGAGCGAGGUCUGAAGAGCGC